GUCCAGCCCACCUGCGGGCACACUUCUCUCGGGAGCUCCCACCCAUACGAAUGGCUCCAUGAAGCAGAAGGUGGAGGCAGAGUGCGAGAGGUCCUGUCCGCCCUGGUUGCGUCUGGGCCAAAAGAAAAGGUACAGGAAGAAGGAGUGGAAUAGAAUGGAAGAAAACCCAUUCCAGAGACAAAAUAAUACUCUUCCCCUGUUAUAGCUGUUCCCCUGGCAAUACACACUUUCUGCUUUCAGGUUCUGAAGCUUUCCAAACCUCAAGCACGAAAUCAGGAUGGGAAAAAGACGUUGUGUUCCUCCACUCGAGCCCAAGUUGGCAGCAGGCUGUUGUGGGGUAAAGAAACCCAAACUAUCUGGAAGUGGAACACAUAGUCACGGGAACCAGUCUACAACUGUGCCUGGCUCUAGUUCAGGACCUCUUCAAAAUCACCAGCAUGUGGACAGCAACAGUGGACGGGAGAAUGUGUCCGACUUAACUCUGGGGCCUGGAAACUCCCCCAUUACACGAAUGAAUCCCGCAUCGGGAGCCCUGAGCCCUCUCCCCCGACCCAACGGAACUGUUAACACCACCAAGAACCUGGUGGUGACUGCGGAGAUGUGCUGCUACUGCUUUGACGUGCUCUACUGUCACCUUUAUGGCUUCCCACAGCCACGGCUUCCUAGAUUCACCAAUGACCCCUAUCCACUCUUUGUAACAUGGAAGACAGGGCGGGACAAGCGGCUUCGUGGCUGCAUUGGAACCUUCUCAGCCAUGAAUCUUCACUCAGGACUCAGGGAAUACACAUUAACCAGUGCACUUAAGGACAGCCGAUUUCCCCCCCUGACACGAGAGGAGCUGCCUAAACUUUUCUGCUCUGUCUCCCUCCUUACUAACUUCGAGGAUGCCAGUGACUACCUGGACUGGGAGGUAGGGGUCCAUGGGAUUCGAAUUGAAUUCAUCAAUGAAAAAGGCAUCAAACGUACAGCCACAUAUUUACCUGAAGUUGCAAAGGAACAAGACUGGGAUCAGAUACAGACCAUAGACUCUUUGCUCAGGAAAGGUGGCUUUAAAGCUCCGAUAACCAGUGAAUUCAGAAAAACGAUCAAACUUACCAGGUACCGAAGUGAGAAGGUGACAAUCAGUUAUGCAGAGUAUAUUGCUUCUCGCCAACAUUGUUUCCAGAAUGGCACUCUUCAUGCCCCACCCCUCUACAAUCAUUACUCCUGACACACGGCUGCAUGACCAGUCCCAUCCCCCUGUGGCCACCAAUGGCUAUGACAUCAUUGGAGCAGACUCCUCCUCCUCCUGGUCCAGUUACUUCUAUUACUGCACCAUUUUAUGAUGCUAGCUUCCGUUGCCAAGUCUGCCUCUGACUGAGGGGAUGGCAGGGUUACAUGGAAUGAAACAGAACUUGAGGGGCCCAAGCCUUAUCUCAGCCUUUCCUCAGUAUGGGGUUUAGUUGGAUUUGGGGCUCCUCCACAAUUAGUAAGAAUUAUUCUGGGUUCUGAAGACCUUUGACAUGUAGGUGCCACUGUGACUUGCUGGGUGUGCAUUGACCACAGAGUGGGAGCUGGAAUUGAAGGUCCAUGAAAGCUUAUCCCACUCACAUCCUUAUAAACCUCCCAGGUCAAGUAGAUAUGUUCCCCUGGCAGUCUGGGCAACGGAGACCAGUAAGAAACAUUUUUAGGUUCUUUUAAAUUCCUUUUUAAAAAAACUUCCAGUUUAUUGCACACCAAGAGUUGAUCACAACCACCAUGCUUCAUAACCAGACGCCAUGUUAGGGUUGAGUGCAGGCACCUUGAGUUCUUGGAGGCUUCUGGACAGAGACCCACUUCAAGAUCAGAAGCCCUUUGGCUGAUGUUGCAAAUCUCAUUUUAUUGUCAGUUUGAUUUUCUGGCAUUCUUUCUGCAUUGAAUCUCCUGUUAUUACACAGCACAGUAAUGUAGCCUGCUGAAGAAUGGAAUGAAGAGGCCUAUGGAGCGGCCUGAUAUCAUCGCUGUGAACCUGUGAAAGGAGAACACUCUUCCUUAUCACCAGGCUACCUCACUCCUGUACUGGUAGCAGUGCCUAUAUCUGUACGUAGGUUCUCAGAAAUCACAGAGUCAGACAACGAGCUGGAUGGGCUUCCCAACACAUGUUAGCAUAGGAAAGAAUCCAGGGUCUCCAAACUCUUUUUCAUGUCAGGCAAGCAUUCUAAAGGACCUUUAAACAGGAGAGUUCCU